AUGGAGGACAUAAAAGCUAGCACCAAAACCGUUCCAACAGCUCUUGAGACUGUACCCAAGUCCGAGCACAAGACAGUCGUCGACUCAAGUAACGAUGAUGCUAUCAUUCCUCAGGGGCACAUCGACCCCGUAUUCGAAGCGAAAGCCAGGGUCCUAAAUCGUGCGAUCCAAGACAUCGGCAUGGGAUGGUACCAAUGGCAGCUUUUCGUCGUGGUCGGAUUCGGCUGGGCAUCAGACAAUGCAUGGCCUAUCAUUACGUCUCUCAUAUUUACGCCCAUCGCGAACGAGUUCCAUCCCAGCAGACCGCCAUUGCUCUCCCUCAGCCAGAACAUUGGCCUUCUGGCUGGCGCCAUCUUCUGGGGAUUCGGGUGUGACAUUUUCGGCCGGAAGCUGGCCUUCACCCUGACGCUCGGCGUCACGGCUGUCUUCGGGAUGGCGGCCGCCGGAGCUCCCAACUUUGCGGGCAUCGGCGUCUUCGCCGCCCUCUGGUCCUUUGGCGUGGGUGGAAACCUGCCUGUGGACUCGGCCAUCUUCCUCGAGUUCCUCCCGGCAUCGCACCAGUUCCUGCUCACCAUCUUGUCCAUCGACUGGGCUCUUGCGCAGUUGAUCGCGACCCUCAUAGCCUGGCCGCUGCUGGGGAACUUGACGUGCCAGCAAGACACGGUUUGCAGGAGGGGGGAUAACAUGGGCUGGCGCUAUUUCGUGAUCACCAUGGGCGGCCUGACGUUGAUCAUGUUCCUCGUCCGGUUCCUCUGCUUCACCAUCUUCGAGUCGCCCAAGUACUUGAUGGGCAAGGGCAAUGACGAGGAAGCCGUACGAGUGGUCCACGAGGUGGCGCGCAGGAAUGGGAAGACGUCCAGCCUGACGGUGGCGGAUCUGAAGGCGUGCGAGCCCGAGGGCUACGUCCAUAAAGCUAACGUUGCGGAUGCCGUCAAGCGGCGUCUCGAGGAUGUCAAAUUCGACAGAGUCCGUACUCUUUUCUCGACCAAGCGACUUGCGCUUUCGACGGGCCUGAUCAUGGCUGUUUGGGCGUUUAUCGGUCUCGGAUAUCCACUGUACAACGCCUUUAUUCCGUAUAUCCAGGCCAUCAAGGGCGCGGAGUUCGGAGACGGGUCGACAUACUUGACGUACAGGAACUCGCUUAUCAUAGCGGCCAUUGGAGUGCCUGGGGCUUUGCUUGGUGGCUAUCUGGUUGAAAUUCCUCGGCUGGGGCGCAAGGGAACGCUUUCGAUAUCCACGAUCCUCACUGGCGUAUUUUUGUACUGCUCAACCACGGCGCUCAACUCGGCGGCUCUUCUUGGUUGGCAGUGCGCUUUCAAUUUUUGCAGCAAUAUCAUGUACGCGGUACUGUACAGCUUCACGCCGGAGUUGUUUCCGACGCCGGAACGAGGGACUGGGAACGCGCUGACUGCCACGUGUAAUCGGAUUUUCGGGAUUAUGGCGCCGAUUAUCGCCAUGUUUGCGGAUCUCCGAACUUCGGCGCCGGUUUAUACGAGUGGUGCUUUGUUCAUAUUCUCUGGUCUUUUGGUACUCGCCUUGCCAUUUGAAUCAAGGGGGAAGGCCGCGCUGUGA